AUGCGGCUUAUUCGAUGCUACGACAAGGCUGGAAAAUAUGUAAAGUUUGUCAAUUCAGUUGAUGCCAGCUUUCCAAACAGGGUCGUUUCCAUUAAACUCAUAAAUAAUAGGUUUGGCAACGGAAUCGAUUAUGAGGCUCUCUCCGUACUGCUCAGGACUGCACCCCAAAAGUUCGACAAAAUAACCAUAAUCAAUGAAGCCAGCUUGUCGCCAGCGUAUCUGGCUUUCUUGGUGGCAGCAUUUAACAAAACGAAUUGUUUGGUCCUUAAAUCAUGCCUUCGCAGUGAAGCUGAGUUUAGCUGUUUGGUUGCUGGUCUUGCACAGGCCGAUGGACUUCGGGAGCUACAUAUGAAAAUGGAGAGAUACGAUGUUCCAGAUCACCUGUUUUUGAUGGUGCUACAAGCUAUUUCCUCUUCUUCGUCUCUCGAAAAAGUGGACUUGGAAUCCAGCAACUGCCUUUCUGAGGACAAUUUGACAGAUCGCUUGAUUGAAGCAAUCGAAACAAAUCGCUCCCUGAAAGCCCUGUCUCUCUUUCUCGACUGGGGUGACGAUGAACACCCAUUAGUUCUGCAGCAAGUAUUUGUCGCCAUAGUCCGCAAUGGUAGAGUGAAAGACUUGUCAAUGGGUUACUACCAUGCGUUGUACCACACUGGACAGUCCCUUUAUCAGGAAAUUCUGAUGGAGGCACUGUGCAAUCAGGAGUGUAGGCUUGAAAAACUUCGCCUAAAUCGUAUCAAGAUAGUACAAGAGGCUGGAACUCAACAAGUUUCAGAUGAUUCAAAGGAUGACAUUCCCAAGAACACAUCUUUAAAACAUCUUUCGAUCACAAAGUGUAGACUGGAUUGCUCACAAGUCACAACCAUAAUGCGCCGACUUACGUCACUUCAUGCUGUUCAUUUGAGUGGAAAUAGUUUGCAAUCCAUGUUUAUGUUCGAUGAUUUGCUCCUGAAAAAACAACUCCAAAGUUUGGUUAUCGAAAACAACAAAGUGGGCGAGGCAGAUAUAAAAAGCUUCUUGAUGCAACUACCAGCUACGCGGUCUCUCCAAAACCUGGAACUAUGCGGGAAUCCUUUUCUGGUGUCGAAAACAUGUGUUCGGUUGCUAGGAGACUGCAUGUCGCAAAACACUAGUCUUGAGAGAUUGGAGUUGGGGGAAGAUUUGGCAGAGCACCACCUCAACACAUUCAGUGUUCCGCUCAGUCUAAAUCGAGCUGGACGACAGUACUUGCAGAAUGAUGCGGAUGUUGCGUUGGCCACUAAUCUUUGGCCGAUGAUUUUGCACAGAGCUGGGACAAAGCUCUGGUACUAUGAUAUUGGCGAUAGCUGGAAACACCCAGCCAAUACCAGGAGGCGAGUGGAUGCUGUAUUUUGGCUGCUAAGGGAGAGAAUACUCAUUUCAUGA